GCAGCGGCAGCGGCAGGGGAAGGGCGAGCGGAGGCGGCGGCGGGUGACCGUUCGGUGGUCUGUCAGUCAGCCUCGGGUCGCCGGAAGCAGGACGCGACGCCAGGCUGCCACCGCAGCCUCUGUCGCCCCUCAUCCCCUGCAGUCCCGGGCUCUGGCCGGCGCCGGCCUCCCUUUCGCCCGCUGGACAGGCCCGGGCGGGAUGUAGGGCGCUCGGCGCCGAGGCCGCCGGGGCGGCGAGGGGAGCGCGGAGGGCGCCCCGAGGAUGGAGAGAGCGAUGGAGCAGCUCAACCGCCUGACGCGCUCCCUGCGCCGCGCGCGCACCGUGGAGUUGCCCGAGGAUAAUGAAACUGCUGUUUAUACGUUAAUGCCAAUGGUUAUGGCUGAUCAACACAGGUCUGUUUCUGAACUACUAUCAAAUUCAAAAUUUGAUGUCAAUUAUGCAUUUGGACGUGUAAAAAGAAGCUUGCUUCACAUAGCAGCAAAUUGUGGAUCAGUGGAAUGCUUGGUUCUACUGUUAAAGAAAGGAGCAAAUCCUAACUAUCAAGAUAUUUCAGGCUGUACACCCCUUCAUUUGGCAGCCAGAAAUGGGCAGAAGAAAUGCAUGAGUAAAUUAUUAGAAUACAGUGCCGAUGUUAAUAUUUGUAAUAAUGAAGGCCUUACAGCAAUACACUGGCUGGCUGUGAAUGGGCGGACAGAACUCCUUCAUGACCUUGUGCAGCAUGUCAGUGAUGUGGAUGUUGAGGACGCAAUGGGGCAGACAGCGCUGCAUGUGGCCUGCCAGAAUGGUCACAAGACGACAGUGCAAUGCUUGCUAGACAGUGGUGCUGAUAUUAACAGACCAAAUGUAUCAGGAGCCACUCCACUGUACUUUGCUUGCAGUCAUGGUCAGAGAGAUACAGCACAGAUUCUUCUGUUACGAGGAGCCAAAUAUUUGCCAGAUAAAAAUGGAGUAACCCCUCUGGAUUUAUGUGUACAGGGUGGAUAUGGAGAGACAUGUGAAGUAUUAAUUCAGUAUCACCCUAGGCUUUUCCAGACUAUUAUUCAAAUGACACAGAAUGAAGACCUCCGAGAAAACAUGUUACGGCAAGUUCUGGAACAUUUGUCACAGCAAAGUGAGAGCCAAUACCUAAAGAUUCUAACAAGCCUUGCUGAAGUUGCUACAACAAAUGGUCAUAAACUGCUUAGCCUUUCUAGCAAUUAUGAUGCUCAAAUGAAGAGUCUUUUAAGGAUUGUGAGAAUAUUUUGUCACGUCUUUCGAAUUGGUCCAUCCUCUCCCAGUAAUGGAAUCGAUAUGGGAUACAAUGGGAAUAAAACUCCAAGAAGCCAGGUGUUCAAGGUCAGAAAAGUAUGUGACGUUGUUAGGAAGAUAGACGUAAGAGAGAUGAAUUUGACAAAGCAUGCAUUCAUUAAUCAGAAACCUCAUGAGCAGGACCCUCUGGAAUUGCUUUGGCACUCACUCGAUGAAUGGCUAGUUUUAAUAGCUACAGAAUUGAUGAAAAACAAAAAGAACUCAACUGAUAUCACUUCUAUUUUACUGAAACAAAAAGGCCAAGAUCAAGAUGCUACUUCUAUUCCUCCAUUUGAACCUCCAGGAUCUGGGAGCUAUGAAAAUCUGUCCAUUGACAGAGGGGAAUCUAAACCAGAUGCUCUUACAGGGAAACAGGAAGCCAGUGCAGAUUGUCAGGAUGUUAUUUCUAUGACAGCUAACCGGCUAAGUGCUGUCAUUCAAGCUUUUUACAUGUGCUGUUCUUGUCAGAUGCCUCCAGGAAUGACUUCACCCCGUUUCAUUGAAUUUGUCUGCAAACAUGAUGAAGUUUUAAAAUGCUUUGUUAACAGAAAUCCCAAAAUUAUAUUUGACCACUUUCACUUUCUCCUUGAAUGUCCUGAGUUGAUGUCAAGAUUCAUGCAUAUCAUAAAAGCACAGCCAUUUAAAGAUCGCUGUGAAUGGUUCUAUGAACAUUUGCAUUCAGGACUACCAGAUUCAGACAUGGUGCACAGGCCAGUGAAUGAAAAUGAUAUCCUGCUGGUUCACAGAGAUUCUAUUUUUAGGAGUAGCUGUGAAGUUGUGUCAAAAGCAAAUUGUGCAAAGCUAAAGCAAGGAAUUGCUGUACGGUUCCAUGGAGAAGAAGGCAUGGGUCAAGGUGUUGUGCGUGAGUGGUUUGAUAUUCUGUCUAAUGAGAUAGUCAAUCCCGAUUAUGCAUUGUUUACCCAGUCAGCUGAUGGAACAACUUUUCAGCCUAAUAGCAACUCCUAUGUAAAUCCUGAUCACUUGAACUAUUUCCGAUUUGCUGGGCAGAUUUUGGGAUUAGCUUUGAACCAUAGGCAGCUGGUCAAUAUUUAUUUCACACGAUCAUUCUACAAGCACAUUCUUGGUAUUCCUGUAAAUUACCAAGAUGUGGCAUCCAUUGAUCCAGAAUAUGCCAAAAAUUUGCAAUGGAUUUUAGAUAAUGAUAUUAGUGAUCUAGGUCUGGAACUAACUUUUUCUGUUGAAACUGAUGUGUUUGGAGCAAUGGAAGAAGUGCCUUUGAAACCUGGAGGUGGAAGUAUUCUUGUGACACAAAAUAACAAAGCGGAAUAUGUCCAGCUUGUUACUGAACUUCGAAUGACAAGAGCCAUUCAGCCUCAGAUCAAUGCUUUUCUACAAGGCUUUCAUAUGUUCAUUCCACCUUCCCUUAUACAGCUUUUUGAUGAAUAUGAAUUGGAGCUGCUGCUUUCUGGCAUGCCAGAAAUUGAUGUGAGUGAUUGGAUAAAAAAUACAGAAUACACAAGUGGCUAUGAAAGAGAAGAUCCAGUUAUUCAGUGGUUCUGGGAAGUUGUGGAAGAUAUUACUCAAGAGGAGAGAGUUCUUCUCUUGCAGUUUGUUACUGGCAGUUCCAGGGUCCCUCAUGGUGGGUUUGCUAACAUUAUGGGUGGAAGUGGACUGCAAAACUUCACAAUCGCUGCUGUGCCGUAUACUCCAAAUCUUUUGCCAACUUCAAGCACAUGCAUCAACAUGCUCAAGUUACCUGAAUACCCAAGUAAAGAAAUACUCAAGGACAGACUUCUUGUGGCACUACAUUGUGGCAGCUAUGGUUACACAAUGGCAUAAUGAAGUCUAGAAAACUCAUCCGACUACUGAUGCACAAUUCAGAGUGGCAGAAGUAAUUUAGGAAACUGUCAACAGAAAAGCAGCCUAAAUUCAACCUAUACACAGGCUGAUGUUUAAAGUUCAUAAAGGAUCAGGUUUUCUUUUUUUUUUUCUCUCUCUUCCAUGUUUUUCUCUGUGAUACAAUUAGAAAAUACGAAAUCACAAUAGGCUUUAUUUUUUUAAAAUGCUAAUUGAAAGUAGUAGAAACUCCUUUUUUUCAUAUUUAAUUUCAUUUGAUGUUGUGUUAAGGCAAAAUCUGCUUCUACAUUCCACUUCUGCUAUGUAACUGUCUUGUUAAAAGUGUAUUUUCUCUUUAUUUUUCUAUAUAGUAAAUUAUAUGAGGACAUCCA